CAGUUACCAUAGCAACAGUCCAACUCUAGGUAACUUUGCCACGUGACGUCCCGUGAAUGGCCGACCAAAAAAAACAUUAGCGAAACUCUACACCUCCGUUUUAAUCAUUAAAACACGUUUAAUUUAGUUUGGAAUAGCAACGGGACGUCAAACAGUGUAUCUGGUUCAGUAAAUGUCAUUUUAGUGACAUAUGCUGUUACUCUUUCGGAGUUUUCUUUUCCUUGGUUCGUUGUUGGUCGCACAGCAGCGGACGUAGUAUAACAUACUUGUUUACUUUAGCUGGAAUGCUAGCUAGCUAGAUAAGCUAUGUCCUGGUGUUCUGGAAAAGCAGUCAACUUUUGUAUUGUUUUACUCGAAAAGUAAAUAACGUUAAUCCUUGGGUUAAGACAGAGUCUUUGGCUUGCUGCAGUAUCGCUUGAGGCAAAGAUGAUCGAGGUGGUGGCCUCCAUGGCCCGAGGCCCCGUGUUUCUGGCUGGGGAGCUGAUGGAGUGUCUUAUAACAUUUACCAAUCCGAUGUCCCACCUCUCCACCUCUGCCAGCAGUGAGAUGCUAGCAUGGGCCAGUGCCCAGAUCCACUGCCAGUUUCAUGCCAGUGAGAGCAGAGUGGCCCUGCCGGCCCAGGGCAACAAACAAGACGUCCAGGCGGAGAGCGACACGGUGCUCAUCCCAAGCAGAGGAGAGCGAGGGCAGUGUGUGCUGGACACACCACCCAAGAUACUAUUCUGUGACCUGUGCCUGGACCCCGGAGAGAGCAAAACAUAUUCAUACAGUGAGAUUGUGCCCGUAGAUGGCCCUCCUAGUUUCCGUGGUCAGGCGGUGAAGUAUGUCUACAAACUUACAAUCGGCUGCCAGAGAGUCAACUCUCCCAUCAAACUUCUCAGAGUUCCCUUCAGAGUGCUGGUUCUGCAAGGCAUGCCAGACCCUCCAUUUCCCCAGGAUGAGGAGGUUUCCCCCUCCAACCCGUUUCUGGAGGAAGAGGAAGCGAGCCGCAGGGAUGCUCGACCUUUAGAGAGAGCGCUGGAUAUGCUGAUGGUCACAACAUCCCGACGCUGCCCCCACAUGUUUAAUAUCACCAACAUGCGUGGGAAAGUCGCAAAGUUCUGCAUCUUCAAGACCGUUUACAGACUCGGGGAGGACAUCAUCGGCACAUUCAACUUCUCAGAGGGAGACAUUCCAUGCUUGCAGUACUCGGUGAGUCUUCAGAGUGAGGAGGAGAUCCAGAAGGAGUACCAGCGGCGUUCUGGGCAGGCCGUCAGUGUGACCGGCCACGGACGGCACAUGGAGUCCUGCCUCCACACGGCCUCCAGCCACUUCUCUCUCCCCAUCCCCCUGAACGUCACUCCAGGUUUCAGCACCGACAUAGUGAUCCUGAGGUGGCGGCUGCACUUCGAAUUCGUCACUGCCCGGGAGCCGAUGGAACCGCCCACAGUUCUGCAGAACCAAUCGGAGGUCACAGUUUGGAGCGGGGCGGAGCACGUCGACGUGGAUACCUUCAGCUGGGAUCUGCCAAUCAAAGUCCUGCCCACCAACCCAGCCUUAGCAUCCUACAUGUCCCACUUCACAGGGACCAACAGCAUUAAUAUCUGACUCGUACGUGUGAUCAUCAGGAGUUAAUGUGGUGGUUCUGAGGGCGUUGACAGAUGUUUGUGUGUGUGUGUGUGUGUGUGUGUGUGUUUGUGUGAGUGAAGGAGAGAGGGACAAUUUAUUUUCUCUCCAGAUGAGAAAUGGGUGAACAUUUCAGGACAAAGAGCAUAUUUUGUUAUUUCCAUUGUAUAUGCAGAGCCAGUGAUGGAUUCCAUAUGUAAGGACAGAGCUUAUGUUUUGCCUUUCACUCAUGCAUUUUCCGGUGCAUCUUAACUUCUAAUAGAUCCUUCAUUUUUGGACCUCAUUGAUCUCAUUAAGUGCUACUUUAUGCAUUUCUGUAUUUAUUUUAUUUCCUUAAUGAACUUGUACACUUGUCCUUUCUUAUUUUAUCAAACAGCAGUUUGUUAAUCAGUGUUUUUACCGUUUAACUGGUGUGUUUCUUCUUUAAGCUUGAGGAGAGGCUGUAUUGAGAUGUAAAUACUGCAAGAGAAAAAUGAAUUAAAAGUGUGAUAUAAAUUUUAAAA